GCUCAGAGCUGAUUGUUUCCGGGUUCCCUAUGAGCGGCCGCUGCUGAGUGCUCGUUAUGACGGGGGCGCGGCUCGGAGGGCGCCGGUGCUGAGGCGGCGCGGCUGCCUGCCUGGGCAGUAUGUCACAAUGAACUCUUCAUUAUCUGGGCCUACAGCAGUAGCUGAUGUGAUUAAAGAUCUAGACUCUCAGAUAGCACUGAUUGGUCCUGGCCCCCACAACCCCAAACAGAAACAGGAUUUGGAGAAACUUAAUGACUUAAAGGCCAAAGCCCAACAGAUUAUGAACCAGUUUGGACCUGCAGCUCUAAUAAAUUUGACAAAUUUUCCCUCAAUAAAACCUGAUCCAUCCAGCACACCACCUCCAAAUACAAUGGCUAAUAGCACUGCUGUGGUAAAGAUACCUGGAACACCAGGCUCAGGGGGACGUAUGAGUCCAGAAGGCAAUCAGGUUUUAAGCAAGAAGAAACUGCAGGACCUGGUGCGAGAAAUUGAUCCAAAUGAGCAACUUGAUGAAGAUGUUGAAGAAAUGCUUUUGCAAAUUGCUGAUGAUUUUAUUGAAAGCGUAGUGAGUGCCGCAUGUCAACUAGCACGUCACCGCAAGUCAAACACACUGGAAGUAAAGGAUGUUCAGCUGCAUCUUGAGCGCCAGUGGAACAUGUGGAUACCUGGUUUUGGUUCAGAUGAAAUUAGGCCAUAUAAGAAGGCCUGCACAACAGAAGCUCAUAAACAGAGAAUGGCACUGAUACGUAAAACAACCAAAAAGUAAAGCAUAGCUGGACAGACCAUUUCUACGGCAAAGUUAUGAAUGUUUCAAAACAUUCUCGGACUUAUCCUCCAUUUCUGUUGAGGAACCUGUGAUGGGUGACGGUGUGUUCGGUUUUUUGCGAAAAUGAACUGAGAUAGCUUUGUAUUGGUACCAACAUACUGUACCAAAAAUGUUCAGUACUUGAUCCCUCCUGAAAACACAAUACAAGGACUUGUACAAAGUGGAUGGUGUGUGUUUGAAGCAGUGAUGUUUCUUUGAUUAAUGGUAGCGUGUUAAAUUGGGACUUUCAUUUGGUGGAAUGUUAAGUAGUUGGUUUUCGUAUCUUUGUAUAGAGGUAAUAAUGACCAUUUUUGCCAAUAAAAGUAUUACUCAACUUGAA